AUGAAGAUUCUCAGCAAGGAAGAGGAGGCUGAGCACUACAGCGUCGUUGUCAAGGCCGGUCUCAUCGGCGGCACCGCUGGUCUCGGCGUCGGUCUCGGGGGCGUUCUUCUCGCGAGCAAGCGCUAUCCGGCAUUCCGCCAACUCACGCUACCCUUCCGCUCCUUCCUCGUCACCUCGUCAGCGACCUUUGGCGCCAUCGUCCACGCUGACCGCGAAUCAAUCCGCUACGGCAAGGAGAAGGAUCCCAUGUAUGGCUACCAGGACGCGACAGCGCGCGCAAUCGCCGAGGCCAGGGCCAACGAGACGACGUUGCAGAGGUUCAAGGAGUGGGGCCGUGAGAACCGCUACUCCAUAGUCUUCGCCUCGUGGCUCGCCUCCAUGGGCGGUGCCCUGGCCAUGGUCGGCCGCGACAAGUAUCUCACUGGCUCCCAGAAGCUUGUCCAAGCUCGUGUCUACGCCCAGGGCCUCGCUGUCGCCAUGCUUGUCAUCACCGCUGCCUUUGAGAUGAACGACGCCAAGAAGGGCACUGGCCGUUGGGAAACGGUUAUGAUCAUCGACCCUGAUGAUCCGGAGCACAAGCACCUCAUCGAGAAGAAGAUUCACAAGGAAGAUUACGAAGGCCAAGACCUGUGGAAGGACAUGGUCGCCGCCGAGGAGCGUCGUAUCGCCGCCCGCAAGGCCGCCGAGCACAAGUAA